AUGCUUUACCACAGCUCAAAUUCCAUUUUUCAUUUCUUGCUACUAGCAUCAAUGGUAAUUGGCAUUGGAAUGUCAGAUUCAUCGAAAGACAAACAAGAAUGCACAGAUCAAUUGGCUAGUCUAGCAACAUGUCUCCCUUAUGUUGAAGGUCAAGGAAAAACUCCAGCAACAGAUUGUUGUGAUGGCCUCAAGACACUUCUUAAGACAAACGAAAAAUGCUUGUGUUUAAUUAUCAAAGAUCGUAAUGAUCCUGAUUUGGGUGGUAUAGUAAUUAAUGUCACUUUGGCUUUGAAUCUUCCUAAAGUUUGUAAUGCCCCUGCCAAUGUCUCUAAAUGUCCUGAGUUGCUGCACAUGGAUCCAAAAUCAGCAGAGGCUCAAGUUUUUUAUCAAUUGAAGAAUGGCUCCAGAAAUAUUGGCCCUAGUGCUGCACCUAGUUCUUCACAUGGAGCAAGCACUCAUGCAAACAGUACUACAGAAAAGAGUGAUGCAUUCAGCAAAGAGAAGAAGUUGUUUGGAUUAGAAGCUUUGGCUGUGGCGAUUUUGGUUUGGUUUUUAUUGGGCUCUACAGAUGGAAAUAUUUUUAUUGAGAUACCAAUGUGA